AUGUAUGGCCAUCUAAGUGGUGUCAAACAAGAUAACGAGCAGUUAGCGUGGUCUGGUACCAAUUGUUUGGAAAAUCUCGUCAUAUCCAUUGGCAACACGUUCUCCGAAGACGUCUGGGAAAAGACAUGUCAAUGUGUAAAGACGAUAUUUGAAUCAACCGUACCUCACGAACUAUUGAAAUGGUGGAGUCCACCCACACCUGAUGUCACUCCUCCGUCAUCACCACUCAAGAUAAUGUUACCUGUCGACCUGGCGCUGUUACAACAAAUGGCUGUAGAAAUUUCGAGGUCCGAAUAAUCAAUAACCUUACCCUGUUUGCGCUAGAAGAAGGUUUUCGAUUUCUUCAACGCGUUCCAGGCGCCUUUUCUAAAAACGCCAUCACUCAUUUUUGGCAAUGGUAAAACGAACACGGUAGAAAUGAAAAGAAUGGCAAAUGAAAAAAAAAGA